CCGCCAGUAAAGCAAGAGCCGAGGACGGAUCCAUGCCUUUCUCCACAUAAUGUUGACCUCUCAGGGAUUGCGGAACAACGCCGACAAAGCACUAGUUUUUUUUCGUACUUUUUUUCCCAAGCAGUCUACUCCGAUCCCAGCCGGUGCGAAUACUCAAGUGGACAGGCACACGAUAGACCCGACCCAGCCAUUACUCACGGUGAAAGCUGUUCACAGACUCUUUGCUCUUGCAACCCCACGUAAAAGGCAAUCCCGCUGUCUCACUCAACCGCAUAUCACCACCAAAAAGGCCUCCCAAAUCGACCUCGACCAUAGUGUGUGUGACACCACCACACCGACCGACCGAUAGCCAUACCCCUCCAUCGUGACCCCGCGCUGCGAUUCGAUUCGUCCAGACAAACCCGACCGUACCUUAGCCUGCCAAACCUCAGCAAGGUGCCGCAGCAACAGCAGCAACCCCUUUAUAGUCGGCCGAUUGCCCCUCCUCGAAAUCCUUCUUUCCCUUUUUUUCCCCUUGUCGUCACACAUCGACCGGCCUCAUGGGGGAUAUGGCAAACGACAUCAAGCUCCUCAAGGGCAGCAGCCAUGGGGAAUUGUCCGAGAAGGUCGCUCAGCGGUAUGAAUUCUCCGUGGCAUAGAGAAAUGGAGCAUGAAGUAGCGGUCGCUGACGUAGGGUUGCGAAUAUUGCAGACUGGGCAUUCCCCUUGCGAAGACCAUGAGGUAAGCUUUCGCCUGUCUCCAAGACCUGCCCUUCGGGCGCGGGCGCGACUUUCUUUGGAGAACAGUACAAUUGACCGCUUUUUGCGCCUUUACAGCUUGAACUACUCCAACCAAGAGACGAGGUUAGCGAACAAUCUCUUGAGCCCCGGCAGGCUCCGGUCGUUGAGUGGCCUGUAAAGCUGACUUCUCUACUGUGUCACCGUUGGCGAGAGCGUCCGCGAUGAGGAUGUCUUCAUCGUCCAGUCCAGCGAGCCCGGCAACAUCAAUGACGGACUGAUGGAGCUUCUCAUCAUGAUCCACGCCUGCAGAACCGCGUCUGCCCGCCGAAUCACCGCCGUCAUCCCUUGCUUCCCUUACGCUAGACAGGACAAGAAGGACAAGAGUCGUGCCCCGAUCAGCGCCAAGCUUGUCGCGAACAUGCUGCAGGUUUCCGGCUGCAACCACGUCAUCACGAUGGACCUUCACGCCUCGCAGAUCCAGGGAUUCUUCAAUAUCCCCGUCGACAACCUGUACGCCGAGCCGAGUGUCCUCCAGUGGAUCAGACAGAACAUGAACGUCGAGGACUGCGUCAUCGUCAGUCCCGACGCGGGCGGCGCCAAGCGUGCCACCGGUAUUGCCGAUCGCCUGGAGACCGGCUUCGCCCUCAUCCACAAGGAGCGCCCGCGCCCCAACGUUGUCGGCCGCAUGAUUCUCGUCGGAGACGUCACUGACAAGAUUGCCAUUCUGGUCGACGACAUGGCUGACACUUGCGGCACCCUCGCCAAGGCUGCGGAGACUCUCGAGACCGGCGGUGCGCGUGAAGUCAUCGCCAUCGUCACCCACGGCGUCCUCAGCGGUAAUGCCGUCGAGACGCUCAACAAGAGCUGCCUGUCCCGCGUCGUCGUCACCAACACGGUGCCCCUCGGCGACAAGAUUGAGCGCUGCCCCAAGCUGCGCGUCAUCGACAUCAGCCAGGUCCUGGGCGAGGCCAUCCGCCGCACCCACAACGGCGAGAGCGUCAGCUACCUCUUCAACCACGUUCCCGUCUAGAGAGGGGUUCCGUGAUGGAGGGUUUCGAGAGUUUUAAGUAGCAAGUCUAGCUAGCAGCAGCAGCAAUAGCCUCGAGGGUUUUCACAUGGCAUAUUGGGGGAGGGGUUUCCUUUUUCCAAAAUUAGGGUGGGCGUACGGUACAAACGGGCAUUUUGCGGGUUUCCUUUUUUAAAUCCGG